UUAAUAAACCCUCACAAAACCCUAAGUUCUGCGUUUUUGAAACAUUGACCCAUCAUCGAACUAUGGAGGGCUUUCAAAAAUGGGUCGGCAAAUUCUCAAAAGAUGUAAAAGCCGCCUCUGAAAAAGCUUCAUCUUCUUCUUCUUCUUCUUCUUCUUCCUUUGAAGGUCCUCGUUCAACUGAAGGCCUUUCUGUCGCUUUGUCCGAUCAGUCUCGUAUUAUAGUCGCCAGACCUGUUAGAGGAGUGGUGUCGCUGUGGACAUGCUCAAAGUUCUGUGCAAUUGCCUUUGUUGCUGGGAUCAUUGUUGGCUAUACCCUGAAGCGACGCGUUAAACGCUGGGCUAACAAGCUUCUCAAGAAGAUCAGAGAUGAUUGAUUGCACCUAGGUUGAGUUAAGCUAUCGCAUUCAAUAGAUGAGUGAUUCUCUAACAUUAGUUGUUUAGAGAGUGCAUUUUUGAGGAGUUUUCAGCUUCUGUGGAGACAAAUGCAUCUCACAUUGUUAUCCUUUUUAAACUAUUAUGGUAAAGUUUUAAGCUUGAUUUUGUUCCUGUGGUUAUGAAUUCGUGCAUCUGCCGUUAUCUGUGAUU